AUGUCCUCACUGACAGACAUUGGGACGAAUCACGAUUGGGGAGAGGAAUUUGAACGUAAUUAUAACCAGUGGCGAAUCGACCUAGCAAGACGACUUAGAGCUGGCAAUACCGAUGACCCUCCUCCCCGAUCACCGCUCUUGCAAGCUAUGGGUGCUGCAGCUCUUGAACAUGCCCGGACAUUUCUCCAGCGUAGCGGGUCAUGUCUCAUCCAAAUCACACUUCUUUGGGACGACCCCACCUGGAUUGUGCCAGUACUUGCAGAACAGGUUGAUAUGGGAGGAUUUUCACUCCCAUCGCGUGAAGAAAUCAUGGCCGGUAUCCAUCUUGGCUUGGUCAUUCAGGAGCUAUAUGCCCAUGUGCAUCGUUGGCGCGAGUUUACGCUCAGGACGACCUCCACUGCCCACACAUCAAGCGCUUUCGUUGAUGUCACGCCCGUCCAUCCAUCCAGCCCAUGGACUAGAAAACUGCAUCUUCAAUACAUACACAAUCCAAAUCAUGCAGUUCAUCGUAUCGGCGAACCAUCGCUGUUCCCUGGUUCAGCGCCUCCCAUUCGUGAUCUUCUUUUUUUUGGCGUAAGUUGGGCUUGGCCAUCAUCGUCUAUGUUGUCGUCCAAUCUUGUGAACCUACGGAUCCAUUAUAAUGCCUACAUAAACCAAUUCAGAAAUCCACGUCCGGGUCCUGAAGCAAAAAUGUUGUCACAGUUCCUUGACGCACUCGUCAAUCUUCGGACUCUGGCACUCGAGGUGGACCUUGGCUCUUUUGAUACAGACACCAUUAAGUUGCCUCGUUUGUAUACCCUGGCUAUCAAGUCGUGCACGAUAACAUUGUGGGCCGUGGAAUUUCUCCAAAAUGUUCAAAUGCCCAACCUCCGGAUCCUGACCUUGUGUGCAGCCACAGAAGAAACCACCUACAUCAGUCUUGGAGAUCUCCUCAACAAGUUGAUCGAUCUUACCGAUCGUGAGGGUUCUGAGGAUCUUCUGGAACUAGAUGAACUCCACCUUUUUAAUUUCGUAAACGGUGUAGAUGAUGAACCUCUUCAUCGCUUGUAUACCCAGAUGCCCACCGUCAAAACAUUGACAUUGGGACCGGGGUCAUAUGCCAGUAAUCUCAAUCUGGCAAUGGGACUGCUCCCCACAUCCUAUGGACUGUCAGAUCUACAGGCUCUACCUGGACUUCGGACGCUUGUCGUGUUUGACAUUCCAAAACAAUUCAUGCGACAACUCGUACUGAAACGACAGCUUCUCGCUGAUCCGUUGGAGGAGCUUUACUGCCGUUACCCUGAAGAUCAUGAUGCAGAUGAUUGGCAACAUCAAGUCAAGAAAUUCCAUCGUAUCGGUAGCCUGAAGUCUAAUCGUUACACUGACGUGCUUGCCAGACGGUGGUCAUAUUUAGUCUAGUACAUCAUUCGCUUACCCGUAUACUUCGGGGGUCGAAAUAGUUAAUGGACAUUGUGAUUC